UUGUCUUCCGUCACGACACGUUGAUUUAAAGGUUUAGUGGAUAACAUUACCAGGAAAAACGCAACAACUUGAUGAAGAAUGGCACCUUCAAGCAGAACAACCUGAUGUGUAUUAUUCAGAGAACGUAAUUACUGAUCCAAUAUAAAAAAAAUCAAGUGAAUAAAUUCAUAAUUUAAAAUCUAGUCAGGGACCAAUGGCUUCAAAAGGCACAAAAGAUAAUGGCGGCCGGAAGCGGCAUGUAGGACAACAUCGAUUGGUGGAUGUCACCGACCCAGAACCUGAAUUCUCAGCUCCUCAUAUACCCCUCCACACCACAAUUACACAGCCUGAUUUAGAAGAUAUGAACACUGACAAAGGGAAAGACCAAGGCCUCAAGGGAGAUUACUCAAAUAUAGCACUGCUGAUGUUGUUGUAUAUAUUACAGGGAAUUCCAUUAGGUUUAGGUGGCAGUAUCCCUAUGCUGCUGCAGACUCAGAAUGUCAGCUACAAAGAACAAGCCAUCUUUAGUUUUGUAUUCUGGCCGUUCAGUAUAAAGCUUCUGUGGGCGCCACUUGUAGACUCCCUUUACUUUGCAUGGUUUGGACGCCGUAAGACCUGGCUGGUACCAAUACAAUAUUUGAUUGGUCUUUUCAUGUUUGUUCUUUCUCUCAACAUUGAUGAUCUGAUGGGAAAGAAUGGUGGUGUUGUCAAUAUAUACACACUGACAUCUAUUUUCUUUAUGCUGAAUUUUCUGGCAGCUACACAAGAUAUUGCAGUGGACGGCUGGGCACUUACGAUGCUAUCAAGACGUAAUGUGGGCUGGGCUAGUACAUGUAAUACUGUAGGACAAACUGCUGGCUACUUCCUCGGAAAUGUCUUGUUCAUGGCACUGGAGUCAGCACAUUUCUGUAAUACCUACCUCCGAUCAGUUCCAUCAGACAAAGGAAUUGUCACGUUGUCAUAUUUCCUUAGAAUAUGGGGUAUUGUGUUUGUGGUCACAACAACACUGGUCUGGGUGUUGAAACGAGAGGCGGAGGAUCCUGAGGCUGAUUUAGACCAAGGUGUCAUAGGGACGUACAAACAGCUGUUAAAUGUCAUCAGACUUCCCUCUGUCAUUUCUUACGCUGUCAUCAUUCUUACAGCCAAGAUUGGUUUCUCGGUUGCGGACUCGGCAACAACUUUGAAACUCAUCGAGGCUGGGAUGAAGAAGGAGACACUGGCAUUGUUUGCUGUGCCUAUGAUCCCUAUACAAAUAAUAUUGCCCCUGAUUAUCAGCAAGUUUACCUCGGGUCCAAGUCCAAUGACAGUGUUCCUGAAGGCCAUGCCAGUACGGUUAUUGUUUGGGCUGUGGUAUGCUUUUCUUGUUUGGCUAGCUUAUCACAUCCAGGAAACACCCGGGGAAUUCCCAGUCUAUUUUUAUCUUUUGUUAUUAGGAAGUUAUGCUUUGCAUCAGGUGUCUUUGUACAGUAUGUUUGUGGCUCAGAUGGCUUUUCAUGCUAAAAUCAGCGACCCUGCCAUAGGGGGCACAUAUAUGACUUUACUCAACACUUUAGCAAAUUUAGGGGGUAAUUGGCCUGGCACUGUGGCUCUGUGGAUGAUUGAUGGUCUGACCUGGAAGGAAUGUCAGGGCAGUUCUGGCAACUGUGGAUCACCGUCAGAAUCUGAGGCCUGUGCUGCUGAAGGAGGAAGCUGUGUGACAACCAUAGACGGCUACUAUAUAGAAUCUAUUAGCUGUGUUGUAAUUGGCUUCUUAUGGCUUCUAUGGCGACGAAGGAAAUUGCUUCAGCUGGACUCACUCCCAGAGUCGUCAUGGAAAUGCUCAUGAUGUUGUUAUUCAAGAAAUUAUUAUAGAUCUAUUUCACUGCCGACUGAACAUCAGAAACUACCUCCUUGUAGUCUCUUUCUAAGCUAUGGCAACCAGAUGUUUUUAACACAAGUCAAAGUUCAUGAAAAUCCUGUACAAACUCUGCAUUUGUGUUCUGUUGAAGUUUAUUUAUACAUCAAAAGUUUUUAAUAUCACUUAUAGGUAAACGGGUUUAUAAUAAAAUUACCGCAGAUUUCAAUGGAAGAUUUCAUUGGCAACAGCUUUUUUUAUUUUUAGAAGUAAAACACUUCAUCAAGAAAUCUUCAUAUCAUUUGUUUUCUUUCUUUUAUUGAAAUCAUAGGUGAUGGUGCAUUAUUGGAUUUACACAGGAUAUGGUUUAUACAACAACAACAGGAAAAAUACGUUUUUGUUCUCGAAAGGCAGAACGGCCUUGAUUUCGUUUAAUAUUUAGGAUAUCAAAGUUAUAAAUGAAUUGUGUUCACCAGUAAACUCUUUGUCAAAAUACAGUACUUGUCUUAAAUUUGAAAGUUUGUCAUAUUCUUUUUUAUAUCUAUACAGUAUAAAUAUUUUUUAUAAGAUUACAUCAAAAACCUGUCAAGUAGGCAGCUGGUCUGCUUUCAAUAUUUGUGUUUGAUCACUUGAAUCUUCACAUGAUACACUUUUUUAUUUUAAUUUACAUCAGGGAACAGGUUUAUCAGUAAAGUUUUAUUCCUAUAUAACAAUACAUAUAUACAGCAUUUCAGGCAUAGCUGUAGUCAUCUGCCAAGACUAAAGUGAUUUAAAAAACUGAUAGACUGAGCUACAGGGAUCAAACUCGUAGCCAUUGUACUUCAAUUCAGACCCUGGGAGGUCAAACUCA